AUGCAUCACCCCUCAAUACUCCUCACCACCCUCUUCGCCACUGCCGCACUCGGGGCGUUCAUUCCCCCGCCGCCCCUCCCAAAGAGCUGCGGCGUCCUCAACUACAACGUUCCUCAAGACAUGAGGGUAGGCGACUGCUUUGCGAUCGAGGGACCAGUCAAUAGCUACAUGGUCUGGGACAUCUGCGGCUGCGCAUUCUACAGCGUAAUCGAAUGUGUAAAUUCCAGCGAAGUGGGUCUCGUAGUUGCCGUGUGCGACGCCGGGUUCUGUUGGUCGAGUCGAACCGGCUACGAGGAUCGCUUUGCGUCCUCGAUACCUCCCGGCUCCGCACCUCCCGGCACCACUAUGCGUCUGUCAAUGCUCUUCACCACCGCCCUCGCGGGCGCCGCUCUCGGCUGUAAGACGAGGUGGCCACCAAGCUGCGGCAAGCUCUACCAGGACGGCCCGCUCUGCGCCAACGAGUGCGUCAACUACAAGCACUCGGUGCAAGACUACCAGAUCGGCAAUGCCUGCUAUUGCUGGUUCUUCGAGUUCGACAACUGCCAGGGUCGCGUCGGGCUCCUCUUGGGACCGCAGCUUUCCUGGCUCACGGGCACGGCAAAGUCCUACCGGUGCCACCCUUAUAUCAACGAGGAGCCGUGA